UUUAGUUUAUUCGGCUCGUCUUCCUUUCGGAGCAAGAAGAAUGCCGCGGCGGUGGAUAUAAGGAGGAAUCAAUUACAGUGAUGCUGAGACUGAGAGUGAAGCCCGUUUGGUGCACUCUUCCGAUCUCCCAUUUCACUUCUCUUCCCCUUCGCCCCUCAAUUCUCAGACCUGUUCUCCGCCGCCACAGGCCUCGACUCUUCCUCACCCGAUUCUCCGCCUCCUCUGCUGUGCAUAAAGCCUCGGAAUCUUAUUCAGCUAAAGGCCUCUCGGAUGGCGACUUGGAGCCUUUCCUCUCAUGUUCGAUGCCUCGCUAUCCGCUCAAAGUUGCUGUUCUUCUUAGCGGUGGCGUCGAUAGCAGCGUCGCCCUCCGCCUCCUCCACGCUGCCGGCCACUCCUGCACUGCCUUCUAUCUCAAGAUAUGGUUUCAGGAUUAUAAUUAAUGACGAGCGUGGACG